AUGUCGGUUUUCGCUGACGACAGAUACUUCCUACUGAGGUAUCGGGAUUACCAGCUGAACAGGCCAUCGUCGUACCCCCUAUCACGUCGCGAGAUGGCCAGGACAAAAGAGGUGGCAGAUCUACUGCUCGAAAUCUACCAAACAUUGGCUGAAAUGAGGUACCUAGAUCCGUUGUGCAUCAAUUCUGGGCCCCACGACCUCAGUCACGCCCAAGAGACUAUCAACAGCUACAAAUUAGAUCCCGCAAUUGUCCAUCUCUACAGUAUUAUGCCGUAUGUUGAAUGCGGAGAAAGUGCCUUUUUCCGGGGUGGUCAAUUCGUGGAUUUUCGGCGGACGAGCGAUGUGGAAGAUGCCCGGGAUCCGUUUUAUGGUGAUCCACGAUACGAGGCCGGGUUUGAGGAAGAAGAUGGACCAUACAUGCGCCCAUGGGUGACCCCAUUAUCUCUGCUCGGAAAUCACCAAAGCGUAAUCAUCUACGAUGUACGGCGGCACAGGAUCUGGAUCAUUGAUCAGGAAGGCUGGUGCAGUUCGGAUCCAGCGCUGGAAGGGGCGGAGAGUAUGCCAUCCCUUUCACUCAACCGCAACUCCUUUGAGCAUCUACGCAGCCGGCCCGCUGCAGAGGUUCUGAAGGAUAUCAAUAAGUGGUAUCGCCAGCUCACCAUUCUUCCGGGCGGCGGUGAUGACACUGGCAGCGAGUGGGACCAUUACGAUAUGGACCUGCCGUCGAUCUACAGGAACAAUGGAUGGCCGGAUCGCUUUGAUGGUGAGGCGUUCGAGAUUGAACAGGCUAGAAAGUCCCGUGCUGUGUGGGCAAAACAUGUAGCCGAAGAGCCCCUUAGGAAGCUUGCGACUCUUCAGUCUUGGAUGGAGGAUUUCCCUCGGGAGAUUCAACGGGCAAAAGAGGCUGUUCUCAAAGCGACCUCCCAAGAGGAGAAAGAGACUGCAAGACUUUCUCAGUGGAAAUCCGAGUACGCCCAGAAGAGGCGUGUCAAGGAGCUUGCGCCUGCUCAAGAAAUGGCUGACAAGUUUUGUCCUGGCGGGGUCUGUCAAAGAGCAGAAGACCUGCCUCUGUGGGAGUUUGAGAUGGUCAAAUCUGAAUACGACAGCAAACAGAAUCGCUUACGAGAGCUCGAAGAAGAAGGAGCACCACCAAAUCAGGAUCACGAGUUUCGCCAGGCACAAAGAGAGGCUAUCAUCUACAAAAAAGCAUUCGAUCUGUCCAAGGCAGCAUGUGAGAACCUAUCAAGCGAUAUUCUAGAGUCUCACCUGGCUCUUGUCUGGCCAAAACGGCCUGAUCAUAGCCGAAUACACGAUCAGAUCAAUAAUAUGCAACAAUAUGUUGAUGAUGCUAAAGAGUAUCUCGCCACAGUCCCCGAAAGCGCUCCGAAGACCCGAAAAGCGAUCGAGAUGGACAUUGAGCAUGCUGAGAAUUUGGUUGCGUCCAGGAGACUCAGUUUGUCACAGGAAACAGAGUGA